CAUCCGGGCUAGUUUUGCUAGUCACAAGAUGGCUGCGCCCAACGAAGUGCCCCAAAAUUUGAUCGACAACCGUUUCGCUUCUGAAUGUGAUUUAUGAUUUAACCAUGGCUACUCCUCAUCCAGGCUUAAGAAAGAAAAUUCUGUCGUCAUCUUCAAUAUCUCAGUCUCCUGCGCCAAGCUGGACCGAUGAUCUUCCAGUCUGCCACCUGUCUGGCAUUGGCUAUUCGACCAAUCAGAUCUAUCGACAAGACGGUGCUCGAGAGGAAGAGCAUGAGUUUGAAGAUCGCUUCUUCCACUUCAGGACUAACGAGUUUGAGUGCUACCUCUACGGCGUCUUUGAUGGGCACGAUGGGAUGCACGUGGCCGACUUUGCCCGUCUCCGCCUGCCGGCCGAACUGCUCCUGGGACAGCUCCUAGACAUCAGGGAAGAUGAGGCAUUCAGGAAAAUCCUCCACCAUGCCUUCCACACCGUGGAGAGGAGUUACUUUGAGAGCAUCGACGAGCUCUUGGCCGAGCGGACCAAUCUCAAGUUGCAGCUGCCAGAGGAGCUUAACGACUAUGAGCUGUACCAACAGUACCCUACCGAAGUUGACAAAUUACAAGCCUUGGAUAGUCAGAUCAUUGGUGGCGCUUCAGCUAAUGUUGCACUCAUCGUCUCUGGAAAACUCUUUGUAGCUAACGUGGGGGAUUCAAGAACAGUCCUGUGCAUCAGGGAGCCAGAUGGUAGUCUCUCUGUCAAGCAGCUGAGCAUCGACCACACUGUCCACAACGACGACGAGGUACUGAGGCUGCAACAGCUGGGCCUUGACAUCACACAGAUCAAUGGCAAUCAGCUGGGCAGCUCCAACACCACCAGGCAGAUCGGCGACCACUCCUUGAAAGGAGGCUAUAAGGAACAUGCCACUCUGAGUCUUGCGAAGAGUGAGCCAGUGAUAGCUGAGCCCGAAGUGAUUGGUGGGAUACAGCUUAACAGCAUGACUGGAUUCCUAGCCAUGUUCACAGGUGGACUUCAUAAAUCCCUAGAAGACUCUACUGCCACAGUGCAGGCCAACGUCGACAUCGCCAAAAUGAUUGCGGCGGAAUUUUCCGUCCAGUCGACGCUGAGUGGUGUGGCGCAGGGCGUGGUGGACAAGGUCGUCCGCAUCCACCACGACACCUACCUGGAGAGGGGGCCUCGGGCCAGCCAGUGCCAGAAGCGCGAGGACAUCACCCUCUUGGUGCGGAACUUCAACUUCCCGCUGGGCACCAACGUCACCAGUCCCACCUCACAGUUCAAUCCAGUCACGGUGCCCUACAACCCGAAGGCCGCGAGCGGCCAGCGGCCCAUGCUGAUUAUCCCACCGAGGCCUGGGUUCACCAGCCCGCCUUCCCCCCAGCCGAGCCGGCUGCUCCAGCCAGAGCAGAUCCUGCCCAUCUCACCGACCAUGGUCCCGCUGUCCAUCAACGUCACAGAGACAAUGUCGCCCACAUCAUCCCACACCAGCACGGUUGAAUCACCCACCAGCAGCAGCGUGUCCACGCCAUGCAGCAACCUGAAUGACACCGAUCCCAACAGCAAUCAGGACUCCAGGUACAACACCAGCGACAGCGACACUCAGCAUGGCGGGGAGGAACUCUUACUCUUCCAGCGCCUGCAGGUGGCAAGCCCACGCCCGACUGAGCCCGAUGAAGAAGGGUACAUCGAACCCUAUGUGGACUUUACCGAAUUCAACGAAGCUUUCAAUGCGGCCAUUAUGGACACUCAAUUGUCUCAGUGAUACAACUGCAAUGUAAAAUAUAAUUUUAAAUUAUUAUUUUAAUAUUUAAAUUAGUGCCAAGUGUCCAAAAGUGUACAUAUUUCUUCCAUCAUUUGGUCACGGUAACAUUUAGCGUUAACUAUUGAGUGACAGUGUUGUGCACUCUGUUGACUGGAAAAGAACAUGCGUUUUUAAGUUGUUUUCUUUGAAAUUUGAAGCCAGUAUUUCUCGAGGGUGCACUCAGUCAGGAAGCGUAUACUCCAUGCAAUGCUACAUUAUUUAAAUAUUUUAAUUGUAAAGACCACAACACCAUAGUAAAGCAUAUGUUUACACUGGUGAGCAGCACUGCAAAAAAAAACAAAAAAAGACAAAAAUGAACGCUUUGAAUGGUGUAGCAAGAAUAGUUUCAUGAGGUGAUGGAUGGAAUGUUCCCCUCCGUGAGGUGAAGAACGGAACAUUCCAUACAAAAAUUGUUCUUACUUCUGUACUGAAAUAUUUAUUACACGUAUUUGUCAAUAUACAAUGCCAGAAUAAAUCCUUAUCGCCUGAUUGGCACAUGCCCCCCUCUCCCCCUGAAAGCUGUAACUUGUAAAGUUUAAGGACUGAGCUUUGCUAUUCCUAAUCAUAGCUAGUUGCAAUCUUUUGUUCCCCAAACUUAAAAAAAAAAAACAGAACUUGUUUUUCUUGCUUCUGCAUUCGUUUCCCACUUUCACAGAUUGCACUUUUGGACCGACGCAAUAGUUGCAGUUUUCUGUGCUCUGUUGUUGAAUGGUCAAGCAGUGAACAAACUAAUUGAAGACAACUAGCUGAAUACAUGAAACACAACAAAGAGACAGUAUUGAUAGACUGGCUGGCUGAAGAUGAAAUCAAGAGUUGACUUAAUGGCAAAUUAAAAUGAUGUCAAUGAUAUCAAAUUAUGUGAACAGAAUUUAUGUAAUUAUCUUUCGAAGCAUUUUUGUACUAGUAUUUUUUUAAGUCUGGAAAUUUACUGGCAACGUUUAUGCAGAAUUUAAAAUGGGUCAGCUUAAUUAAUUCACAUUGAUUUUAAAAAUACAUGUAAUACUGAAAACUGCGUUGAAUUGAGUAAUUCAGUAUUAAACCCAUGUGUUGAGUGAAGCACUACUUGGAUCAUCCAGAUAAGAAAAAGUGAGCAGUUUAAAAGUGCCUUUGUAGAAAGCAUUGCUGAUAUUCAGACCAUCUUCUGAUCAGACACCACUGAUUAGUCAUCAUCACAAAUCAAUUUUCUCAUCUUAAACUUCCGAAUUCUAGGACCAAUCUGACAUUGCCUACAGAGUAUCUCACAUAGAGACCGUGUUAUAAGUCUUGUUUUAUCAAAUCAAAAUGCAUGAGCUUUACAUACACUGUCAUGUUAUUGUUGCUGUAUGUGUGAAAUAUGUACAAGCUCAAGGGUUCUCAUGAUUGUAGAAGACUUUGCAAAAAUGUCUGCAAGGCUUCAAAGUGUGAAAUAUCACAGCUGUCAUUUACUGCUACCAAAUAAUGUAUUUAUUGUCUUUUUAAAAAUGGCCUUUUACCUACUUUGGUUGCAUUAAGUAUUUGCAAGUUUUUUCCUUGAUAUCAGACCAAGAAACAUUGUCACCUUAGUUUUUCUCAGUGAUAAGUUUCUCCAUACCCAUUAUCGCCCUGUGUGAAUUCAUCACUAACCCAGAUCAGUAAAAAGUAAAGCGAGAUUACAAGACUUCUGUAUUUUCCAACUUCUUUCAAUAAAUGUACAACUCAGUUUAAAAAAAAGGUCUUUAUGAAUUGUCAUUUGGUCAACUUGAUUGUUGAAACAAUUACUGACGUGCUUUCUCUUGAGAUGUUACUUGUAAAUACUGCAAGUAAUGCAUAGCAAAAUUUGUCUUUUAAAAAAGCAACAAAAAGCUGUGCAACUGAAGUGUUCAAUAACCAUUAUCCUCUUGUUUUUGCCAUUGCUGGUCAUCACCUAGGGGCAGAAUCUUCCACUUGAAACAAUGGAAAUUCCUGAACAAUCAAACAAAUUAAUCUUUUGAAAAGCAUCUCCCUUCCCUUAAAAUGCCAUCUUAAAAUAUUUGGGGCAUCAACAGAUGGAUGGAUUGAAAGUAUGUAAAAACCA